CGGGGUUAUAUGCUCCUUACUCCCUUGGCCUCUAUCUUGAUGUUCUUGGUUCUUCAUUUAUUUGAAAUGUUGUAUGUAUCUAGCUAAAUCAUGCUUGGAAUUGGAUUUCAAGAUCUCGAAUCCCUUAUUACCAAGAUCUGUUAUAUUGCUGGUACUCCUGGCAUAUCUUUUGGUGUCCUCCAUGGCGGCAAUGUGAUAUAUCGAGGGGGCCUUGGCCUCCAUAAUGUCGACGCCCAGCUCAAUGCCAACAAUGAAACUAUAUAUACCAUAGCAUCUCUUACAAAAGCCUUCACCGCUGCGAUGGUUGGAGUGUUGGUGGAUGAAGGGCGAUUAAACUGGACGACCCAGUUACACGAUGUCGUACCUGCGUUCCAGCGAAGGGAUGCUGCUGAAAAUGUUACCAUCUCGGAUUUGCUGUCGCAUCGAUCUGGACUGCCCUCAUAUGACUCUCUAUGGUUACUCUCUGAUAACAAGAUAGUUUUAAGUCGAGCAGAGAUGAUAUCCACGUUUAACUAUGUCCCGGUCGCUGCACCACUGCGGUCCGAGUUCAUUUAUAAUAAUAUUGCCUAUGCAGCGUUAGGCCAGGUUAUUGAGACAGUAUCCGGUACUGACUAUGCGUCAUUCUUGCAGGACCGCAUCCUAAAGCCACUGAAUAUGUCACGGACUUAUUACACUAGCCUGCCAUUGGGUGAUAGCAACGUCGCCACGCCAUAUGCUACCCUAGGGAAUUCCACACCAUUUCAGAUUCCUCAGCCUAUUUUCGGCAGAGAUAUUGCGCUUGGGCCAGCUGGAGGUAUUCGAAGCACAGUUUCCGAUAUGCUCACGUUCUACGAUGCACUGAUCGAUGCGGCACACGCUCAAAUCAAUAAGCUUGCGGGUACAAAUCCACAAAAUCCGCUUAAACAGCUUGAACACCUUUGGCGUGGGAUGGUAAGCAUCCCAUCCCCGACUGUUCGUGAAUUGUCGUAUGCAUCCGGGUGGAUGCGAGCUCAACUCCCGGCUCCUCUAGCGGAUUCCGGUCCUGGCUUUAACCCGAUGUUUGGCCACAGAUGGUCCUCACGACUUGCUCUGUUCCAUGGCGGGACUAUCCCUGGUUUUACAUCUUUCUCCAUCAUCUUCCCCGAAACCCACAGCGCCAUAAUUGUACUCUCCAAUUCCCUCCCGUGUGUAGACAGCGUUAGAUUGGUCGGCCAGUUACUUGCCGAGCGAUUGUUCAACAAGACCGACAAUCCCAGCGAUCCAAUUAAUGAAACUGCCUACAUCGAGUAUGCCGAGUUAACGUCGAAAAAAAAUACCCUGGUCAUGUCGAAUAUCAAGGAGGACUUGUUACGACAUAGAACAACCAAAAUACCUACGUAUCCAUUAAAUACCUACGUUGGCAAAUACCGGAAUGCUGCCGGGAAUUACGUCAUCAAGAUACGUGAAUCACCAACAGGUUAUCUUCAAAUAUCUUUCAUGGGCCUUGAGUCUGACACUUUCGACCUUCAACCGUACCAAUCUAAUAGUUUCUUCUGGCACGUCUCUUAUGACGAUUUGGCACAGCGUGGUCGGUAUGCAAUCUGGCCUAAACAAUAUUAUAUAAUUGAAUUUGGGAAUAGCAACGACACCCCUGUAGGAAUGGGCAUCAGUGAGCCCAAAAUAACUUAUCUCCGGUGGAAGCAUGAUUUUUCUUUUGAAAAUGACGGAGAAAUGUUUCGAAAAGAAACCAGCGAAGAGAGUUUACAUUCACUCCCCCAAGAACUGUAACGUGUUUUGGUGUUUUAACAUACUGGAAACUCCGAUUUUUUCCGUUUGUGGCUGGACUAUUCGUCAAUAGCGUUAUUGUUGGGGUUUUAUGAUUGAUAUGACCAGCGUUAACACUUGCUUUUUCUACUUUUUUUCUUUGU